AUGCUGAAAUUAGGAGUAAGAAAAUUAGUUUCUCGUUGGAUACCCCACCUGUUGACUGAAGAGCAGAAAGCAGUCAGUGUUAAUUGGUGUGAAGAAAAGCCAACAAAAGUCAUCCGUUCUCGAAGUGUUUCGAAAAAGAUGGUCGCGAAAUUUGUGUCAAAAGCGGGUCAUGUUGCAACAAUUCCUCUUAAUCUUAAGACCUUAGUCACCGAGCUUCAAAAAAUCAACUCCGAAGGAAGAAUCAUCCUCCAGCAAGACAAUGCAAGCUCACACACUGCCCAAAAAGCAAGGCAGUAUUUAACGGAAGAAAACGUGGAAUUUUUGGACCAUCCUCCAUAUAGUAUCGAUCUAAGUCCUAACGAUUUCUUUACUUUCCAUAAAAUUAAAAACAGACUGCGUGUUCAAAGGUUCCAGUCACCAGAAGAAGCAGUUGACGCAUUCAAAAAUGCCAUUUUGGAUUUGCCAGCAAACGAGUGGAAUAAGUGCUUCGAAAAUUGGUUCGAGCGCAUGCAGAUGUGCAUUGAUCUUCGUGGAGAAUACUUCGAAAAACAAUAAGGUCAUUUAAAACUACCUACCGUAUUGUUUUAUUUCCAUAUGCAAAACUUAAAAGACAUCCCUCGUAUGUAUGUUCAGUCAUUUUCAGAUGUUUGUCGAGCCAUACACCCAGGUGCUUGAUUGCAUUUUGGCUUCAA